AUGCAGCAAGUCCUCGGCGACAGAGACCCCAACGGCCCUCCCGGCGGAGGCGGGCGCGGCAGCCGGGCUUCUAACAUUUCUGCCAUGUCUGCCGGCACAAGCAGAGUCCCGGUUGACCCAGAAGCUCCACGAGACAAGCAAAAUGCCCUGCCUGCAAGCAUCAGGGCCAUGACCCGCGGUUCGAUCGAGAUGGGCAAUCUGGGCGGCGCUCUGGGUGAUGGCAUCGGUGACCCCUCUCGAGCUUCGAAUCGCCGCCAUGCACCCAGCCGAAUGAGCACAGCAUCUUCCCAGUCGGCCUACUCAACACAGACUAACCAGCACUCGAGACGUCGACCUCCCUCGUCGAAUGCACAGCGAGAGCCUAUGCCCCCCAUGCCCACUGUGCCGCAGUACUUCGCAGACACACGUCCGCCCGCCACCAUGCCCCACGGAAGCUCUCCUAUGGUCCCAUAUCCAAACUAUCACGACCCAGACUCGCAGCGGGCGUCGUCUAUAACACAUUCGAUGCAGGUGCAGCCGCCUGCGAUUCGUGCCGCCAACAGUCGCUCAACAGGCAACCUUCGCGGCUACGAGCCCACUCCGCGCUCUCACGGGUCCCAGUCAAGGUACUUGCAUCCUGGCCAGCAGUCGGCCUCAUCACAGUGGUUUGACAGGCCCGGAAGCAAUCCCCGACGCGCACAAACACCAGUGGACCAAGGAUAUGGAUAUGGAUACCCUUCUAGUCUGGGUAGACCGAGGGUACCAUCCGAUGCGAGCAUGGGCUAUGGUGACCGAGGUUUCGACGUUCCUCAGCAGUCGAACCGUGGCGCACCACACUAUUCCUACAGCAUGCCAGGCGACCAAGACGUUCCUCCAGUGCCUCGGAUCGACUCACGCUAUCAGCAAGUGCGUCCAAUGCCGCUAAACAUGUAUGCGUCCAACGAGCAUGUUCGCGUAAAGCGAUCCGUCAAGGGUUCUGCCUCAAGCGGUUCGACCAACGUGCGUACCGACUCGGACCCGCCUUCAUCUGACAUGGCUUUCCCACCGACGCCAAGAGACGGCACACCUCUGAAUGCGUUCAGCCGCCCACCAGGCAUUCGGAUGAUGACAGGUAGCACAACAACGACGGGUGGGCUUAGAAGGCCAGACAGUCCAGAGUACUACGAUGGCAGCGAACAAUGGGAGACUAAUCCGCAUGUCAAACCUGAGGCAGAGCUGAUGCCACCACACCUUAAUAUAAGGCGCAGAAAGAGAGUUGAGACCGUAAACUACAACAUCCCCCCAAAGAAUGUCCGCAGUGCUCGCAGCUAUAAGAAGUCUGCCGAGACCAACGCCUUGGAACACGCUGGCAUAGCUGAGCUUCCUGCCUCCCCUGUGGGUCGGCCCAUCACGAGAGAGCUCGUUCACCAGGGUCUGGGGGCGUCUUCCACCACCGGCGACGUUGACUCCUCUAUCAGCUCUCCUCCGAUGGCAGGUAAUACAGACACAAUACAUCAAGCUCGCGAAGAGGCUGCGAUUCGUCGCAUGGGCGACCAGCUGAGGAACUCAGCCAUACCUCCCGCCGGAUAUGACGUUACGCAACUUAGUAACCUGUCGCAGAUGGACGCAGGUCUCAUUGACUCUUCCACGAUUGAUUUCGCGGUUCGAUGUUCGAUUCCUGCCAUGACAGAGUCUGGACAAAGCAAGCAAGAUGAGACGAAUUCUGCAUCGGCUUCAACCGCGCCAGGAAGUCCAGAAAAGAACACAGACGACGGCAUGUCGGAGCUGUUGGCUGGCUAUCAGCACACCGAUACCAAACAGGAAGAUGAAAGCAUGUCUGAUGACGAGAAGGCCGGGAGUCCAAAGACCAUGGAGAACAAUGAUUCAGAAAAGGACAGCAAUCACGCCCAAAAAUCCUCGGGCGAGCAGUCUUUCAAGUCGUGCACAGAUGCAGUCGAGUCCGCAGCCUUGCCUGAGUCUAACAAGGCUGCUGGCGUUGGCGAGCCAGGCCGAGCUGCCUCAUCUGAAUCUCGGCAUGCAGCAACAGAUUCGGACGCUCGCUCAUUCAGGACACACAACAACGUCGUGACUCCGGUAUUCACUAACUCCAUGCCGCCGCCUCGACUGCCCUCUUCAAAUCUGGACGUAGAGGUGCCAGCCAAGCAAUCCAUGACCGGAUCGUCCAGUCCUCUUCAAAGGAUCAAGAAGAACUUUGAGGCAAGCUCGUUUUCCAGUAAGCUUAGGGGAAGUUCAAAGCUGAGUAUGAAGCAAGGCUCAGUCUCGAUGUCGGGCUCGUCUUCCACUUUGAGCACCUCGCAGCCGCCUAUCGUGCCUCCUAGAGAGUCUAGUGCUUCCGAAGAAGCUCAGCGCGUCAAUCAAGUGUCAUCAUUCUUGAUGCGCGCAGGACUACCUUUCCGUCGCAAGAACAAGAAAACGACUCUUGAAGAGAAUACCGCUGUAAAGGACAGCGUGGACAACAUCACUGGCCAGCCCGAGCAACGCAGUGAGAGCAUGAGUUUGUCAGAGACUCUGACCCGUCCUGAAGAGCUCGACAACGCCCUAACGACCGAACAGGCGGUCGUCCAGCAGGACUCUGUUCCAGAGAGGCCAGCAGUCAGCGAUCCGGUCGAGUGUCCAAGUCCCACGAACACUUUGCGUGAAGAUACCACGACCGAUCUGAAGUACCCCGUGUAUAGGUACAACGCGCCACAGCGGUACCUUCAUGAUCUCAAGGAGGACUCCCAUGAAGACUCGAGCCUCAAUACGAGCGCCAGCAACCUGAAGAAUUCUAACUUCCGUUUUCCGCCCAGCACGAGCUUUGGUAUCCGUACUUCGGUCGAUGAUCCGGGUGUGCUCGGGUGCAAGUCGUCUAUGGGGUCGCGCCGAGCGAGCGUCAUCGAGGAUGUUCACGGCCUGCCUUUCUUAGAGUUCAGCGAGGCGAACCUAUACGACAAAUUCAAGAGUGCGCUUCCCGAGGAUGUGCGCUUCUCCAGAUCUUCGGCGCGGGCGCAGAUAGACGUACCCGAUGGUGUGGUGGGGUUGCUGGAUUUGGUCGCGCCCGAGAAACUUCAAGGUCCUGUGAAUAGUGCGCAUCAGGAAAAUUUGCCGAGGGUAUCUAUACAGUCGCCCGGGGUGAUCAAUUUCAGCAGAUUGAGGUGCCGUUCUUCAUCUGAGAAGCUCAUGGCGGAGAUCGACCGGGUCAGCAUACCUUCCAUCACGCAGCUUACCCAGCGCGUCGGAGAGAUGUUCCCUUCCUUGUCACUGGUCGACCAUCAUGAGCGAGAAGAGUCUCUCGGUCGAACCAUGGAGUUUCCUGAGGAGGAGGAGAUCAUGGAGCAUGCAAUGGAGGAGAUCCACCAUGUACACCCGCCGUCGCAGAAACGUUCUUCUGCUCGACUGCGGCCCGUGCGCGGUUCUUCGGCGUUGAUGGUUGUCGAUGAUGAUGUGUUUGAGGAGAUUUCGAGUAAAGAGAGGCUUACUGGAAGUAUGGGUGAUAAUUGCGUGGGGGCGCUUGAGUUUGAAGUUCAGGUUGGUGAAGCUGGCACACGUGCAAAGGGCAAAGGCAAGACCACAACACGCACGCUAUCUCGCCCACUAUCUACCGUCGACGAGCUUCAAGUACCUUCGCCCGCAGUCCUUCACCCUCGUACUGCACACGAUCAGUCUCUACGCACCUCCAUCGACUCGGCCUUGUCGUCCCUGACAAGGUCACCUAGGUCAUUUGUUUCGACACCCACAGCAACCGAGACGCGUCCUUGGAACUCUGACAAGAAUUAUCCGUGGUCCACGUCAACAAACCCCUCUGUUGAUAUCUCGCUGCCACCACAAACUUCGUUGAAGCAAUCGCCGCGUCCCGGUCCGUCACAUCUGCGCAACGCUCUAUCCGACGCAACGAGCAGUACAUUUACUUCGGUACACACUCCAACCCAUUCUCGAUACGGCAACGCCUCAGGUUCCAACGCGAAUCGUCAAGUCCACCGCCUCAGCAUCUUCGGACGCAGCGGCGAUCAAGUUCACGCAGUCGGCGAGCGCUACCCUACCUCAGCCUUGAGCCCGCCUACGGCUAUCUUCAGAGACAACCUUUCCUCGUGCGAUAUCUCGGACGACGAGGAAUUUGCAACUUCUCGCAAACCUAACAGGCUCACGCUCAGAAAGCGUUUCUCGUCCGCCGCUCGCAACACUACCCGCGGCCACACCUCUCCUCGCGCCGCUCGAAGCAAGGUCAAUCCAGCAGAGAUCGUUUCUCCUGCUCAAGAGAACGAGAACUCUUCCUCAACUCUUCAAGACCUCGUUGGUGAGGCCCGUGCCUUCACCAGUAAUCGCCACACCUUCCGAGACGCGCAGGGUAUGCCAAUUGGCGCGUACCACCGUCACCGCAUCGUCGACUCCAUCAAACGUUGGUGGCACAAAGGAGGAGAACUGAUCCGCACCAUCUCUCGCCGCGGCAACGACCAGCAGGAUGUCGUCCCAGCUCGCGAUUGA